ACCCGGAAGUAGUUGUAAAUAUUUACAUUUCGGGUCAGCUGACUUCCAUUCACCUGAUUACAAUUAUCAAAAUCAUAACAUGUUAUUUAUAUUGUAGCUAAUAUGUAUUACUAUAUGAUUAAAUAAUAGGUCUACGUCAAUGACUGGUUGAUUCGUUCUGCUAAGUUGCCCUUUUGCUUUUAGCAACCAGUUAGCUUAGCAUCUGGAACAUUUAGCAAGUGAUUAGCAGUAAGCAGCUGGUUGAGCUAGCUGUUCCGCAGGAAACAAAACUUUGAUUUAACUACUAUAACAGGUCUGCAGAGUGUGUAAAAAUGGACAAGAUUGUUAAAGAUGUUGGUGAUAUUCAGUCCCGUCUGUUACACCACAGACCCAUCAUCAAUGCAGAGAUCUGCUACUUUGUGAGAGAGUUUGAGGAGAAACGUGGACACCGGGAGAGCAGACUGCUAAAUAAUCUCAGUAAAAUGGUGGUGGAAACAAAUGACCAAAUGCUACCCAUAACUUUAGAGGGUAUGAACCAGGGUAUGAUGUCUAACAUCAUUAAAAGGUUGGAGGCUGCUAAUCACAUGGCAGACAGAGUUCAGCAGAGGGAGCUAGAGGCACAGCAGAUCACCCAGCUUCAGAUGAACAUGGAGCGUUUGAAAGAUGAAUGGGCAGACUUCCUGAAGGAGCAGCAGAGAUUAAAGGAGGAGGUGGAUGAGGAGCACGCUGAGGCUGUGGGACAACUCAGCACCUACUACAGUGAAAUGAAGAUGGACCUAACAAAGUUUUCACCCCUCUAAUCAGUUGAUGUUUGUGAGGGUAUGAGUCAACAAACACAUUCUCAUUUAUACAAACACUUUAUUACAGACAUGGGCAUCUAUCUAUUCUGCGCAUGCAAAAUGAUGACACUGGCUUUGAUUGAUGUACUUGGUAGUUGGCAAAAAGAGCAUAAAACUUGGCAUUUUUGCUCCUUCACAAGAGUCAACAUUUUCCAAAUCAUGAAUACGUGUAUAUGUGUGAUUAACAAUGUGGCAAUUUCACACGCCAUCAAACUCACAAUUUUUUGUCUGUACCACAUGGAACUUGCAUGGCAUGCAAAAGGUGCAAAAGGUUUGGAAUAUGUCACUUUUAAACAAGCAAUCAUUGAAGGCUGUAAAGUUUUCAGAAUUUCAAGAUUUUUGAUGGAUGUCUGCCUGAAGGGUGCUGAUGAUAAAUUUCAUCGACCUCAAGUUGAAAAGAACCAAGCACAGGUCAAGUGCUGUAGAAACAAGCUCAAGCAGAAAAGUUUUCAGAACAAAUCAUCUGUCACCAGCUCUCCUGUGUUUACAACAUUUAACCUCUUACAUUAACUUCAAAUAACUGUCUGUGUAACUUUCAUUUCUGCUGAAACCAAUGUAAAUGAUCAGUAGCAGCUGUUUUUUUCUGAUUUUAAUGAGUCACAAAUCCAAAAUGUUAUUGCUGAUUAAACAGAAAAUAAGCAUAAAUCAAAU